AUGGUCCAGCGCCACUCGGCCGCCGACUGCCUGCGCGAGCCGCUCGCCGACACCCUGCCGACCAAGUGCCAGCAGCUCAAGAAGGGCUUCGGCGAGUGCAAGCGCGGCAUGGUGGACAUGCGCAAGCGCUUCCGCGGCAACAUGCCCGUCACCUACUCGGCCGUCGAGGGCGCGUCCGAGGCCGCCAAGGGCUACCAGCUCUACGGCGGCAAGCCCGCCUUUGCCGGCGGCGUCAAGGAGACGAGCGGCAACGAGCCCAUUCCGCCGGAUUGGAGGGAGCUGGAGAAUGAACAGUAUCGCCUGCAGCAGCAGCAGCAGCAGCAGAGCGGGCAGAGCGGGCAGAGGAAGUGA